UGGGAAAACGGCCGCCAAUGUGUGCAGCCAUGUGCGAAAUGCUGCGAAUCACUAUCAGAAAAAGCUAGUUAUGUUAGUUCAGAAUUCGACAGCUCGAUUAGUCCGAUGGAGGAACGGCAAAAAGCUGCAUGGCUUAAUCCGCUUCCCGAGUAUCCGUCGCCCUACACUUCACCAAAUCCGCCUGCAGAUGCUUUAGAGGAGUACUUGGACGCCAGUGAUAGUUAUCCUCCUAAAUAUGAGGACACAUUCGCAAGGAUAAUUCACGUAGCCCACUGGACAGGAGUCGCAAAGGGAUCUCGAUUAUCCGGAAUUCCCGAAGAAGAUAGCGGUUUGGGUUCAGACAACGGAGAUCCUUCAUUGGGCAGAAGUAGAUUGAAAUUGCCACCACCACCUCCACAUGGCACAAUCCAAGAAGAAGAUCCAUGGGACCUGCCGCAGUCUCGCACGAGAUCAGCGUCCACUGAUGACAAACGAACUAGUGCUGGCGUACCCCUACUCCAGGUGCCUAUGCAGACUUCGAUGGAAGAAGAAGAAACCUCACAAAUGAGCGACUCUCUUUCUGCAGCUGCUCCGAAACUGUUCGUUGCUUCAGGCAAGGACCGACAAACAACGCUUUAA